AAGAAAGCUGCGUGCCCAGGACUUGGUCUGUUUUAUACUGUACUGUCUGCCUUCCUUUUCUCAGUGGCCUCUUUAUUUCUUAAAAAAAUAGAAGAUGUACAUUCAGUGGAAGUGAGUGCUUUUCGAUGUGUUUUCCAAAUGGCAUUCGUUCUUCCUGGUUUAAUAUACUACAAAACGGGGUUUUUGGGACCAAAAGGUAAAAGAAUUUUUCUUUUCUUCCGAGGAUUCCUUGGCUCUAGUGCAAUGAUUCUUCUCUACUACGCUUUCCAAGUCAUGCCCCUAGCUGAUGCCACUGUUAUAACUUUUAGCAGUCCUGUUUUUACAUCGUUGUUGGCAUGGAUCUUUCUGAAAGAGAAAUACAGUAUUUGGGAUCUUCUGUUUACCCUCUUUGCAAUCACUGGAGUGGUUCUUAUUGCCAGACCACCGUUUCUGUUUGGGUCAAACGUUACGGGGAUUGAAGGAAGUUACACGGAUCACCUUAAAGGAACUAUAGCAGCAAUUACAAGCACAGUAUCUGGAGCUUCGACUUUUGUUAUACUGAGGAAGGGUUGGCAGUCCUGACAGCAGGUGUGCAGCACUGAAAAUUGCAGUUACUAGCAGAAUGUUUUUGUGGUCAUAACUGCCUGUCCAUCCAAAGAAAAGUUGUGGCUUUAUGUUCCUGCAGAUGCAGGUAACUUCAGGGUGGAACAUACACAGACUUCUAUGGUGAUGACACUUCUGUAUAUCAGAACGAGUAAUUUCCUAUAUUAUGUGAGUUAUUGUUUGACAAAAUGGGGUUAAAAAUACC